UGGUAUGAAUAGUUCAGUCUUGCUCCCGCUGCUGAUACUGCAGCACACUGCAAGAGGGUCGGACAGAGAAAGACAGAGGGGGAAAAAUGGAGUUUUUGCGUGCCCUGGCACCCGUUCUACUGCUGCUCCUGGCGCUCCAGCACGCCGCCGCCUUCUGGAUCCUCAACAUCAUCUUCCCGCCCAACGCCAACGGCAAGUCCCGGCACAACCAGAACAACAGCACCCCACCUGUGAUCAUAGUGCCGGGGAACCUCGGGAACCGUCUGGAGGCCAAGAUCGACAAGCCCGCCCUGGUGCACUGGCUCUGCUACAAGAAGACCGACGACUACUUCCCCCUGUGGAUCGACCUCAACAUGUUCAUGCCCAUCGGCCUCGACUGCUGGAUCGACAACAUCCGGAUCGUGUACAACAGGACGACCCGAAAGGCCACCAAUGCCCCCGGGGUGGAUGUAAGGGUCCCGGGGUUUGGCCAAACGUACCCGGUGGAGUUCCUGGAUGCAAACAGGUUGACUGGGUACUUCCACACAAUGGUCCAGCACCUUGUGAACCUGGGGUACGUCCGCAACGAGACCAUCCGCGCAGCUCCCUACGACUGGAGGAUCGCCCCCAACCAGCACGCGGAGUACUUCUCGCGGCUGAAGAAGCUGGUGGAGGAGAUGUACGAGGAGUACCAGCACCCCGUCUACCUGCUGGGCCACAGCAUGGGCUGCAACUACAUCCUGUACUUCCUGAACCACCAGCCGCAGGCCUGGAAGGACCGCUACAUCAGGAGCUUCAUCUCGCUGGGCGCACCCUGGGGUGGGGCCGUCAAAACCCUCAGGGUGCUGGCUUCAGGUGAGAACGACGGCAUCCCGCUGGUGUCCACCAUCAAGAUUCGCGAGGAGCAGCGAAUGACCACCACCAACCCCUGGAUGAUCCCCACCAUGGAGGCCUGGCACAGCGACCACGUCUUGAUCUCCACCCCCUCUUUCAACUACACCAACAAAGACUACCAGCGCUUCUUCACGGACAUCAACUUCGAGGACGGCUGGUACAUGUGGGAGGACACCAAGGACCUGACAGCCGGCCUGCCCCCUCCUGGUGUGGAGGUGCACUGCCUGUACGGAGUGGGGCUCCCCACCCCGGUCACCUACGUGUACGACGAGAACUUCCCCAACGCCGACCCCGUGGACAUCCUGUAUGACGACGGCGACGACACAGUGGACAGCCGCAGCAUGAGCCUGUGCAAGCGGUGGGUGGGGAAGCAGGACCAGCCCGUCCACAUCACCGAGCUCCGCCGCCUGCCCCACCUGGACAUCGUCUUUGACUCCCGCGUGCUCACCCUCAUCCAGAACAUCCUGCUGGGCCCGCUGAGCGAGGAGCCCGACCCCACGGAGGACCCCCCCAGCCUCGACGCACCCGAUCAUGGCCCCGCCCCUAACCCCCCCGCCGUGACCGACCAGCCCCCCACCGACUCCCCUGCGUCAACCAAUUACACGGCGGGGCUAUAGUUGCACCCCUCCGACUCACUCUCACCCCAAUCCCCCCCUACCACCACCCUCCAAGCCAAUCCUCGGACACUGUUGAAGCAAAAACAGCCACCACUGUGACAGACGCAAACCAGGUCGAGAGUGUAGCCAAGAGUGUGACAUCAUCGUCACCUGUACACGUAUCCUUAUUACUCUCGUAUCCCAUAGCAACGGGCUAACGUGCUCCGUCUGCACGCCACUGGCUGAUGUUCGUUCGGGAUGCUCUGGCUGCUUUCUGUACGCAGGUGAACGCUGUGCAUGUACUGUAGCUCUGUCUCUUUCCCUCACCUCCCACUAAUGUAUCUUCCCUGCACCCAUUCUCUUGUUGUAAGAUAGAUAAUUUUCUAUUAAGUAGUUUGUAGUAGAUUUAGUAGUAAUGUUCAAAGGUUUUUUUUGUUUGAUUUUCUCAGAGUUGACAGUUUGUUUUUUUGACGUCUGGUUAAGUUUCACCGUUGGUGGCCUUACUCUUUCAUGCUUGCCAGUGAAAGCUGGUUGUUCCGUCCUCUUCCUGUGUUUCCAGGCCACAUUUGGUGAAAGCGUUAGCCGAGAGAGGAAGAUUCACAACAACUCCACACACUGUUUACCCGCUGCGUGCAAUCAUGGGGCAGGUGGCAAAAAAGAACCACAGAAACUGAAUGAAACUUCUUGUUUCCUUCUCACGGCAGGAAUUACCCUCUCUGUCCUUGUCACUGGUUCCUGUGGUCACAUCAUGCAUUAUAAUAGCUCUGUUUUUUUCAGGGUAUGUCGUAUUAAUAAAAGAUUAAGACACAUAA